UACCCCACCCUGCCUUACCUCAACGCCUCCAGACAUCUCUGUCAAAAUCCGUUGUCACUUUGAGCUCUGCUGUGUGACAGAUGCAGGGGCUUUAAUCCAGGAUGAAUGAAUGCUACUAUGAUAAGCGCAUGGACUUUUUCUAUAACAAGACAAACACUGACACAGUAGAUGAGUGGACAGGGCCAAAGCUUAUUGUUGUUUUGUGUUUUGGGACAUUUUUCUGCCUCUUCAUUUUCAUUUCAAAUUCUUUGGUCAUAGCAGCUGUGGUCAAGAACAAGAGGUUUCAUUUUCCCUUUUACUACCUCCUGGCCAAUUUAGCUGCUGCAGACUUUUUUGCUGGAAUUGCCUAUGUCUUCUUGAUGUUCAACACUGGCCCAGUGUCUAAGACAUUGACUGUUAACCGCUGGUUUUUGCGUCAGGGUCUGCUGGACACCAGCCUCACAGCUUCCCUGGUGAAUCUCCUCGUCAUAGCGGUUGAGCGGCACAUGUCGAUAAUGCGGAUGAAGAUCCACAGUAAUCUCACGAAGAAGAGAGUCACCUUUUUGAUUAUAUCAAUUUGGGCCAUUGCUAUUUUCAUGGGUGCUGUUCCUACCCUGGGUUGGAACUGCCUCUGUGACAUUACUGCCUGCUCAUCCCUGGCGCCUAUUUACAGCAGAAGUUACCUGGUGUUCUGGAGCGUCUUAAACCUAGUCGUCUUCUUCAUUAUGGUGGUGGUUUACAUAAGAAUCUACAUGUACGUCCAGAGGAAAACUAAUGUCUUGUCGUCCCACACUAGUGGAUCCAUUAGCCGUAGGAGAACCCCUGUGAAGCUUAUGAAGACUGUCAUGACGCUCCUAGGUGCCUUUGUUGUCUGCUGGACCCCCGGCCUGGUUGUCCUCCUGCUUGACGGUCUGAACUGCACCUACUGUGGGAUUCAGAAUGUUAAAAGGUGGUUUCUUCUCCUGGCCCUGUUGAACUCUGUCAUGAAUCCAAUAAUUUAUUCAUACAAAGAUGAUGAGAUGUGGGGUACCAUGAAAAGAAUGAUUUGCUGCUCCUCUGAGGAUAAGAGCCAGGAAAGACGCUCGUCGCGGAUCCCCUCCACAGUUCUCUGCAGGAGCACGGACACCUCGGGGCACUACAUUGAAGAUGGCAUUAUUCAAGGGACAGUUUGUGGAAAAGGAGACCUUGGUGGCAAAGGAAACUCCUGA